AUGGCGAAUGCAGUCAGAGAAGGUAUGAGAUCGAUCAACGAAAAUCUCGUCAAAAACCUAUUCACCUAUUUGGAGACAGGUGUUUUUGCCAACAAAACAAACGACGCUUAUGUAAGAGCUUAUGGGCUAGUUCUUGAGCUGGCAGACCAAGAUGACAAUGGGAAAGUGCUUUAUGAUGAGUAUAUCAAGACAAUUAAAGAAUAUACUGUAAAAGUUGUGAAGACUGAGCUCUCGCACUUAAAAGGAGAACCCUUGCUCACCAAGCUAGCUUGAAGAUGGGAAAAUCAUAAAAUCCUGGUCUAUUGGAUGAGAAAAAUCUUCAUGUACCUUGACAGGUAUCACGUAAAAAACACCCAAGCAGUUCCCCUUUUCCAAGCUGGGCUCAAUAUUUUCAAAUCAGAUGUCUUCGACGUCAUUUCAGAACAAAUCAGAAUUGCACUUGUCUUACAAAUCCACAGCGAAAGAGAAGGUAUUGCCAUUGACCGCAAUCGUGUCAGAGAAUGCUUGGUCUGCUUUGCUCAGAUGGGCCUGACGGACUCAGAAAUUGUCAAAACUCACGAUAAAGCUGACGAUAGAGAUAGACUGCUGUGGAAAGGCAACCCAAAGCUUGAACUUUACGAAAGGAUUUUUGAAAGCCCAUUUUUGGAAGACACCAAACUUUACUAUGCCUCAAAAUCGGCAGGCUGGAUGUCAAGUCUCUCAUGUCCUGAAUACUUAAGAGAAGCAAAAAAAGUGCUGGAAGAAGAAGAGGAGAGGGCUGACAGAUAUCUUGAGCCUACAACAAAGCCGAAACUCCUAGGCAUCAUUGUGGAAGAAAUAAUUGUGAGAAACGCCCAAAGCUUGUCAGAAAUGCCUGGAACGGGAUGCGUGGAUAUGUUUCAGCAUGAUAAAAGGGAUGAGCUGAAAAUGAUGUUCGCCAUUUUCAAAAGGUCAGAAAACACGCUGCAGCAUAUUACGUCAAAAAUGGGGCCUUAUAUAGAAAAAAGAGGAUCUGCUAUUGUUUCGGAUCAGCAGCUACAACAAGACGCAAUUGAAUAUACAAAAGCACUGCUGCAGUUCAAAAACGAAAUCGAUACAUUGGUAGAAUAUUCAUUCGAUAACCAUUCACUGUUCCAAAGAUGUAGAGAUAUGGCUUUUCAGAACUUUAUGAACAAAUGCGCCUUUUCUGCACCUUAUAUUGCUUCCUACUGCGACAAUGAAAUGAGAAGAGGUCUUAAAGGAGUCUCUGAAGUAGAAACUGAGAGAAGACUUGACGCAUUGAUUAAGCUUUUUGUAUGUCUUCACGAUCGAGAUGUGUUUAUUAGGAACUAUACGAGAUAUCUAGCUAAGAGGCUGCUAGAUGGGACAAGUAUAAGCAAUGAUGCUGAACAAACAAUGAUAGCCAAGCUUAAGGUAGAAUGCGGCAACAACAUUGUGAGCAAGAUUUCGAAUAUGUACCAGGAUAUUGCAUUGUCUGAAACCGUUAUGAAUGAGUUCAAGACUCAGCGUCACAAAGGCCAGCCUGAUGGCAUUCAGCUUUCAGUACAAGUAUUAAGAAGCGGCUGUUGGCCUGAACAAUCAUCUGAAGCUUGCACUUUGCCUCAAGAAGUCCAAGGCUGCACCAGAAAGUUCACUGAAUUUUAUAUGAAUAAGCACCAAGGACGUAACCUUACUUGGCUUCUUGGGUUUGGAAAUCUUGAAAUGGGUACUUUGUUCUCUAAAAAGAACUAUACUUGUAUCGUCAACCCUUACCAAGCAGCCAUUCUUCUUAUGUUCAACCACGGAAACGGAUAUACAGUCCAGCAGUUCAGAGAAGCAACAAGACUCAGCGAUAACACCCUCAAAGCCCACUUAAUUAUGUUCUUCAACCCUAAGAUGAAACUCCUGAAUAAAGAAAGCAAAGGGAAAACCUUAGAUGACGAAGACUUAAUUACAAUUAACGAAGACUUCCAGUCCCAAACUUUAAGAGUCAACUAUAUCCCGAAAAAAGUCAAGAAGACCGAAUCAAGCGCCAAAGAAGAUGAAAUAGCUAUAACUGCAGAAAGAAAAAAUAUUCUGGACUCUGUUAUCGUGAGAAUUGCGAAGGCUAGAAGAGUAAUUAAGCAUCAAGAAUUAGUAUGGUGAAUUCUUAAGAAUAAAUCAUUAGUUUUUUUAAUAAAAUUAAAGCGAUGGUAUUUUUUAAAGAUAGUAUAACUGAAGUAAUCAGGCAGGUGAACCACUUCAGACCUCAGCCUCAGAUGAUUAAGACUCAAAUAGAAAGCUUAAUUCAAAGAGAAUUCUUGGCUAGGGAUGAAAAUGAUAGGUCGAUCUAUAACUAUAUCCCAUAA